UUAAUCUCACUCUUCUAUAUAAAGAGUCACCAGGCAGCAACUUCCAGAUCUUCAUCUGUGUUCUCCUCCAUCAUCAUUUCUUCACUCUUCAGCAGCUAUGGCUUCACUUCGCGCCCUUCUGGGAGUGGUACUGUGCUCCCUCAUGGUUUCUGCUUCUGAAAUCCCACCUCAGGCGGACUUUGAUUUACAGGGGACUGCAGGUAAGUGGUACUUGACUGGAGUUUGCUCUAAUUCCAAGUGGUUUGUCUGUCGCAAAGCCAGUAUAAAGUCCGGCACGGCCGUGGUUGAGCCAACUGAAGAUGGGAGUCUUAAGGUGGCUUUCUCAUUUCCUACCGAUCCGUGUUGGAAAAUAGAGAUUUUGGCAUCCAAGACUGACGUGCCUGGAAAAUUCACAUACAGCAUUCCCUUCGCGGGGUUUGCUACUGAAAUGCGUGUGGUCGAUGAGAAGCCUGAUGAGUACUCCCUGAAUCAUUACAUCAACACCGGACGGAAUGGAACCUUUGUUGAAAACAACUUAUACGGACGUAGUCUGGACCUCAGCGAUGAGGUGAAGGAGAAGUUCAACCAGCUCUGCUUGCAGUCCGGCAUCCUUCCUGAAAAUAUUGUUUAUCUUCCUAAAACCGAGGAGUGUCCGCUUGAGUGUUUUGCCUGACUCCUCUGUUGCAAGAUCGUCUCACCGACACUGCAUAAAGAUCUUCCACCAUCUGUUAUGGAAAUGGGAAUGAGCAACAUCUUGAGCAGUUUUUAACAAUAAAAAUGCAAAAAUUUA